AUGACGUACAGGAUCUGCUAUGAAGUUUCUCUGAUGUCCCGGUUCGCAUGUGUGAUUGAAUACAGACUGUCUCUCAGAGCACCACAUAAGCCUUCUACAAAAUGGUUGGAGACAUACUUAGCUGCAAAGAACCAAAUAAGAGGCUGGUCAAGGCUGAAGAAAGAUGCAAUCCAAGGACUUAUACGUAAAUAUGAUGUUGUGUCAAUUGGGGGAAAAGAAAAAUUGAUUAAGCCUAUAGUUGAUAAUGAAUCUGACGUUUUAUAUUACGUCACAGUAGACGAGUUGUUUGAAGUCAUCCAAACAGCACAUUUAGCAGUAGGUCAUGGUGGUAGAAAUAGGAUAAUGGCUGUGUUAAAAACAAAAUAUUGUAAUGUGACAACGGAGGCAGUUAUGGCAUAUUUAGGUUUAUGCAGUUAUUGUCAAACAAAAAGGGCCGAAGAAAUCGCUUUAAAUCUAAUAGAUAUUUAUACAAUAUUUGGUGCACCCGCUAUACUCCACUCGGAUAAUGGUCGUGAGUUUGUAAAUUCUAUUAUAACAAAUUUAAAUGAAAUGUGGGGAGACGUCAAAAUUGUGCAUGGCAAGCCUCGUCAUAGCCAGACCCAAGGAUCAAUUGAACGCGCGAAUAGGGACGUUGAAGAAAUUUUGGCUUCUUGGAUGGCUGAUAAUAAAUCAAAAGACUGGCCAAUGGCAUUAAAAUUUGUGCAAUUUCAUAUAAAUCGGGCUUUGAACUCAGGUAUUGGAAGAUCGCCAUACGAAGCGAUGUUUGGUUGUACAGCGAGAACAGGGUUAGCUUCAGCAGGGAUACCUUACGAUGAAAUAGAAAAACUUAAGUCAGAAGAGGAUAUUGAAGAACUAUUUAAUAACAGCAACCAUUCAAAUCAUAUAAAUGCAGUAGAAGAUGAUUUAGUCGAUGUUGGAGAUCUUGACAAUGAAGUAAACUUGGAGACUGAAAAUGAAUUAAGAAAUACUAAAGACAUAGGUAAUUAUUUAAUAUUUAUUUUAUGUAAUUUGGCAAAAAUGCUUGCAUAUUUCUGCAAAUUUAAUGGUUGUUGCGUAAAAGAAUUGAAAAAUUAA